CAGAAGAGAGGAGAGUUGAUUUGUCAUUCAACAAAGAUUCAGGAAAAUAUUUAGAUAUUGGAAAGUACUGAGAUCACAUUAAUCCACAAAAUGUACAGUUUUGAAGGAGAUUUCAGAAGAAAGCCCGUUCAGUCCUUGAGGGGUGCAAGUAAAAAGGAACAGAAAGAAUCACUGCUGAAGAGAGCACAAGAAGAAAGGCAAAAGAGAGAGGGAAAUCGACAGAGAAAUCUGAGUGCAUGUAAAAUACAAGCAUUCUUUCGAGGAUUUACAUCCAGGAAGAAACUGAGUGAAACCUUGCGUGCCGAUUUUGACCAGAAGUUACAGCCAGUCAGCAAGGACAAUGUUGUGGAUAUCCCAGUUAUCAUCACACUCACACAGAGACUGGCGUUCUUCUGUAGACCAGGCAGAGAUGGACAGAGGCUGGUGUCAGUGUGCCAGCAGAUCAUCAAGCAGAAGGAGGCCUAUCUUCAGACCUUGGCUCACUCCAAUAAGAAUUUGCAGCAGCUCAAACAUCUUCUUGUGCUGUGUGUAAGAUACCUGAAUAGCAUUGCCUCCACUUCAUCUCCCGUUGCUGUGCCAAUGAGAAUGUUAGAAUUGUUUACCUCAUCCAAGACAUUUGUGUGUAUAAAGGGACUCUCAGGCCAGUCGGAGACACAGCUGACACGCCAGAUACUCAGCUAUCUAGUUCAGAGAGGUUAUUUUGAGUGUAUGUACACAUUGCUGACAGAGAAAGUUCCCUCUAGUAUUGAAAAGACUACCAUCCCUCCAACCCCAGCAGCCUCCAGCAUCUUUGAACUCAUCAUGAAUCCAUUAAGCUUUGCUGCAUCAGCAACUGACAAGACGUUUAGCCACUAUGUCCUGCAGUGUGUAUGUCGCAUCUUCCUGUGUCCGAGGUACACGGAUCAAAUCAGUCAGUUCCUCCUACCAGCAAUGGCAUAUGGGAAAUACCCGUUCCCGUUCGUGGAGUUGAUCCAAGGCCUGAUCUCUCAUACGUCCCAGAACGGUUCCAGCAAACGACGGCACCUGGAGCCAGAGCUGAAGCCAAGUCCCUGGCUCCUUGCGGCAGUUCUCACUCUGGCAGACAAGUAUAUCGGUGACCUGACAUCUGCAAACAGCUAUGCUUACAUGCAGCUGCUCCAGCACUUACUGCCGCAGCUUCCCAAACCUAAAAAUAUUGACAUGGAUGACGACUCAGAGGAGGAAGAUAUGGCAGUUGAUGAGGACUAUGGAUUUGCCAGUCUGUCUGACCUUCGUGAGGAGUGUAUCCGAUUGCUAGACUCUCCCGGGCACCUUCAUUGUAUGUUCAACUGUCUUCAGCGGAACUCUGACAGCCAGCUGCUGGAGGCCGUGUCUGUCAUCUGCCACACCCUCCUGUCUCAGCAGAGGCUGUCAGUACACAGGCUGAGAUUACUGUACAGUCUGGCAUUCAACACUAAAGUGAUACGCAACCUCUGGUACACGUGUGCCUCAGUGUCCACACCAACUGUCACCGGUUCAAGCACCUCCUUGAUUCUGAUGUUAGCUCGAGGUUUACCGAUGUUGAAGACGGAUGUGAACCGUAUUGUGCCGCUCCUCUCUGUAUUCUGCUCCAUGUUCAGUCACUCUCUCCUGACGCUACACGAUGCGGACUUCUAUGGUGAUAAUCAAGAGCAAAGCACAAGUAUGCCAUUUAGAAUAGAUGAGCUGGUUCCGAUGAGUCGAGCACUGAGAGAUGCCUGUCUUGGCAUCAUUGAACUGGCCCACCCGGACGCCAAGCGAGCAGUGAAUGAUGAUUACCGACUAGCAUUACAGAAGACGGGGAUCAGGAACAGGGAGAUGGUGGGAGAGGAGGAGGAAGAGGAGACACGCCAGUGGGCGUACCUGUUUAAGGUUAUUUCCAAUUUAGUUCGCCAGUUACAUACCAGGAAUUCCAGGAGGCCAUAUUGUUCAUUUGGCCAUUGGUUGGCAGACCACAUACAGAUUAAUGCAGACAAGCCCUCGCAGAUUUAUCGGGCCCAGAAUGCUGUGUUUGUGAGGAGGCCAUUUGGUGUUCUCAGGACUCUCACAAAGACCAACUUUGAAGAUGAUGGACCACCAUUGGCCAAUCGGGAUGUGAGGAAUCUAGUCAUUCUUACUGAGCUGCCAUUCGUUGUGUCCUUCUUCGACAGAGUUAAAAUCCUGCAGCGCUUGAUAAAUGCUGACAAGGAGGAAUCUCAGGGUGAUAUGUCCAACUUCAUGAUGGGGCCGUCAAUCAAUGUCAUGAUCAGGAGAAACUACAUAUACGAGGAUGCUUUUGACAAACUUUCUCCAGAAAAUGAGCCCAACAUGAAACUGAAGAUGAGGAUACAGCUUAUAAAUGCAGCAGGUCUGGACGAGGCUGGCAUCGACGGUGGCGGUAUCUUUCGAGAAUUCCUGUCCGAACUCCUCAAGACUGGCUUUGAUCCUAACAGAGGCUUCUUCAAGUAUACAGUGGACAGACUGCUGUACCCCAACCCACAGGCGCAGGUGCUUGUGGAGGACUACACCAAACACUACUUCUUCCUCGGUCGCAUGCUCGGCAAGGCGAUCUAUGAAAACAUGCUGGUGGAGCUUCCUUUUGCCAGCUUCUUUCUGGCAAAGAUGUUGAGUCGACAUAGCGCCAAUCUUGACAUCCAUCAUCUGCAGUCUAUGGAUCCUGUCAUGUACAAGAACCUUUUAUUCUUAAAGACAUAUGAUGGGGAUGUGUCUGAUCUGGGUCUGGACUUUACAGUAGUUAACAGUGAAUUUGGAGAGACUGUGUUGGAAGAGUUGAAAGCUGGUGGGAAGAACAUUGCUGUGACAGCCAACAACAGGAUCGAGUAUAUACACCUCAUGGCGGACUACAAGAUCAAUAAACAGAUCCGCACCCACUGUACGGCAUUUCGACAAGGAAUGGCUGAUGUCAUCUCCAUUGAGUGGCUUCAGAUGUUUGAUCCCACGGAGUUGCAGGUCCUAAUCUCCGGGGCAACCGUCCCCAUAGACAUUGAUGACCUUCGGCGCCACACCAACUACUCCGGUGGUUACACUGAAGACCACGAUGUCAUCAAGAUGUUCUGGAAUGCUGUGGCAACCUUCACUGAUCAGCAGAAACGACAACUCCUGAAGUUUGUCACCAGCUGUUCUCGGCCUCCGCUGCUGGGUUUCAAGGACUUGUACCCAGCCUUCUGUAUUCACAACGCGGGAAAGGAUCCAGAACGACUGCCGACAGCAAGCACCUGCAUGAACCUGCUCAAACUGCCGGAGGUGGAGGAAGAGGGGAUGCUUAGGACGAAGCUACUGUACGCUGUGGAGUCCGACUCAGGAUUCGAACUCAGCUAGUGAUUGGUCCACAGAAUCGUAUCAUAAUGUGAACUCCAAUUUGAGCUCAACUAAUGAAUGCCAUUGGAACAGACCCUGGAUGAAGUGAUUUUAACAAACUGGCUCACACACUGAAUGGAUUGCAGUUGUACUCUGGAGACUUGUGAUACAGUGUACAGAUACAAGGCCCAUGGGUGUGUGGGUUGUGUCUGUAUGGAGAUUCCGAUGCAGACAUGUUAUACUGGUGCUUGGAGCAUAGUUUUUCAACUUGGACAUAUCACAUAGCACACAGUAGGGCCACAUUUCAGUGGGUCAUUACACAGCAUUGAUUGUGUGAACUAAUAUAUGUAUGCUGUAGAUAGACUGUGUUUCACCUAGCACAUCAUUGUCUCAAGAUGAUGACCAGAUUGUAAUACUUGUUCCCCAUCAUCUACCAAUCAAGGCUAAGACCCUGAAACUAGCUGGACUGGUUCGUUUGGGUUGUGAUUGCUAGAUGUGGGUUAGAGCUUGUUCUUUCAGCAGUCGCUUGUCUAAGACAUGCCCGCUGCAUUCAUCUCCCUAUCUUUUUUGGAACAAGGCUGAGGUAGUUCUCACGAGAUAGGGAUGUACAGCUGUUAUAUGUGAAUGUUUGUUGAAGCAAGAUACAUAAAUCAAAAUAGAAUUAUGAAUCAAAAUCUUUUAAAGAACACUACUACUGAAAUGUUGUUAGAAAACAGAUUAUUUUUUUUAUAUAUUAUUAAUUUUGAGAUUUUUUUUAUAAAUUAUGUACUCAGCUGUUUUCACAAUUCAAUAUUUGUGAAUUUCAAAUCUGGUUUGAACCAGCACAUAAAAUAACAAAUAUUUUAUUAAUUGGUUAAUUCUCACAAUGUCUCACAAUGUCCGGGUCUUUGACCUUUGCAGAAAUUAAAUUAAACUGAUGUCAGCUACUUGGGGCGGUCAGGUAGCCUAGUAGUUAAAGCUUUCGCUUGUCACGCCGAAGACCUGGGUUCGAAUACCGACAUGGGUACAAUGUGUGAAGCCCAUAUCUGGUGUCCCCCGCCGUGAUAUUGCUGGAAUAUUGCUCACUCAUUCAGCUUCUGAGUACUAUAGGACACCAGCCAUUAUUCAGAGACUUGUCACAAAACAUUGGUAAACUGAAGAUUAAGUACUGAGACGAGACUGAAGAUGUGGUCUGUUGAUUAUUAUGUACAUACCAAAGAAAACGAUGUUAUGGUCAUAAUUUCUUUUUAAGAAAGAUAAGAUCUUUAUGAAGGGUAGCAUGUCUGUGAAUAUUUCUUAAUUUGUAUUUAUACAUGUUAGAGAUAACUUAUAAAUAAAAUGUUUGUUAUAAUUUUGACUUAUGGUCUAUUUACAUAGUUCAAGUAAUCAAAUGUUCUGUAAUAAAGUCACAUAUGAGCGUAUAUCUGAAUGAAGCUAGUUAUCUGUAGUCCAGUUGGAACUGUAUAUUUGUAAUAUUUGCAUAUGUAUAGCACAACCCGAAUGAUGCUGAAUAUUGUAUAUAUAUUUAGGCCUUAUAUCUUUUUUAGUUGGUUUACAAAACCGACCGACAAGAAAAACAAAUUACUUUUCACACAAAACAUUUCAGGCCCACUUUUUUAGUGAUAAGGUAAAAUGAAAAAAAAAACCGCAAUAUUUUAUCACCUCUGUUCAUACAAAUGUUGAAUAAAAUGUCUAAAAAUCUAUAUUCUAACCCAAAAGUCUUGAUGAAUUAUAUUUCAGUAUCUUGCCAUAUUACCGUAUAUUUGACAUAAUAAGCGCCCACGGCGAUAUUUGUUAAUAUAUUGCCUAGUGAACAAUCCCAAUUAGCACCCCUUCCCAUUGAUCAAUGUACACAAGACUUAUUUAUUCGUGUAUAAUACA